CGGGCGUAAUCGUUUUUGUAUCGGCGGCGAUCUCUCCGGUCAGUGGUACGUGUGGCCUUUUCACAGUAUUUAUGACCUGUAGGUCACAUGGCGAUGGUGGAUCAUACGAACUGAUGAAGACUGUGGCCUAGGUGCAUUAAAGAAUGAAUUGGCAGUUUGGCACAGUUUGGUGUUUAUGGUUUAUCCAUGGCUGAAGCAUAUGGGAAUUGCUACAAUGAAAAAGUGGGCAACAGUAUCAGUGUGCUUGGAAGCUAGAUGCCUGUUGCCAAGAUUGGUGAUCUCGAAGCGUCAAAUGCAACAAAACCAGAAGGAGGGAGUGAUCUGUUAGAUAAUUUCAUCAGACAAGCUAUUACAACGGAGCCUCUUCUCCCUUUUAUGAGGGCAGGAGAUAGUACAGCACAGUGGAUGCAGCUUCUUCAAGCUUUAGAUCAACCAGAUUUACCUGGCUGGCCUUUGUUGACUCCUCUGAAAGUUCAAAUGCAAAAGUGUGAGAAGUGUUCUCGGGAAUUUUGUUCCCCAAUUAACUACCGGAGACACAGUAGAGUGCAUCGAAGAUCAUUAAAUGUCAAAAAGGAAUCUCGAAAGGAUUGGGACUUGCUGGCUGCAUAUUGGGAUAAGUUGUCGCUGGAGGAGGCAAAAGAAGUCGUGUCAUUUGACAAUGUGAUGUUAAAGGAAAUUCCUGGAUCGUCUGUAAUAAGGGCAUUGGCAUCUACUCUUCGUAAGCCCGCAGUUUGGACUCUUCCUCAAGUUUACGUGAGGGCUGGCGCUACACUACUGGAUAUAAUUCAAGCUAAACCGGCCAGAUUGCCAAUAUCCUCGCAUGAAUUGUUUAGUAUCCUUGAUGAUGCUAGUGAGAAAACAUUUUUAUGUGCUGGAACAGCCGACUCGGUGCAAAAGUAUGUCUUCGAUGGAGAAACUGCUAAAAAUAGCCUGGAGUUGAAGAAUCUAAUUGCUACCUGCAGCUUCCUCUUUGAACAACAAUUGGUGAAGGCAUGGAUAGCUGACAAAGAUGCCGAGGCUCUGAGAUGUCACAAGCUGCUUGUCGAGGAGGAAGAAGCUGCACAGAAAAGGCAAGCCGCAAUUUUGGCGAAGAAGAGACAGAAAAAGCUUCUUCAGAAAGAACAGAGAGUGAGGGAGCAAUUCGAUGCACCGGAUCGAGAUUCAGACUCAGACGUCGCUGCCGACGCCGCAGCCGAUAGGCCAGCUCCACUGGAAGCCUCUAUCCCUUCAUCUUCCUCCGAUUCCAGUUUGCCUUCACCAGAUGUCCAAACAAACCCGGAUGCCGUCCCCGAAUUCGAGCCGCCGCAAACCCAAGAACCGGAAAAAGAUAUCGAGCCGCAGGUCAGCUCCGCCGUCGAACAUUUCAACAAUGAUGAUGCCCGAACCAACGAAUACCAGACGGCGGAUGCUAAAGGUCCUCGACAUCAUCCGGCAACGGGUCGCUGGCAUGGUCCCAAGAAUCAAAAGAGCGGCUGGCAUGCAGUUCGUUCGAAACAGAAUCAUCAAUCUUCGAAACCCGACGGUGCGCAAAAAUUCAAUCCGACGAGCACCCAGAGCACGUCGAACGGGACCAAAGUUUGGACUAAAAAGAUCGAACCCGACAGCGAUGCCAACGGCUUGAAGCCGCCGCCAGCGCCGGCCGAGAACAGCCGCGGGAAGGAUGAAAGCAACUGCGAGGUGCUGAUCGGAUCUAUUCCCGUCACAAUCAAAACUUCUCCCGAGCCGCGCAAUCGUUCCCCCGAUGCAACCGGAGAUAAUACAAGCGGCGGCGCGGAACUUGCUGUCCCCGGAAAGAAAAAAGCUCCGGAAAAGCUAUCCAAGCCGCAGUCCGGCACUCGACAAAUGCUUUGGAGGCCCGUCAGUCGCGGCGGCGAAACUAAAAGUCUGCCUGCGCCGGGAAAAGCCGACGACCGAAUUGUGUCUACUGAAGCAUCCGUGCAGUUGCAAUCCACCAAGGACGAUGUCGUCGUCGAUGCUAAUAAUCGACCCUCAAUCCCCUGCGACGGCAAUGGCUCUGGAGCUAUCGUCGUCCCGUACUCAAGCAGCGCUGCGCUCGAGUUUCUCGAACAGAGGUAUAAGGAAGCUCUCGCGUCGGACCACUUGGUGUUGGUCCUCGACCCGUCCGGAUCUGAUCUGAACCCGACGGGGUAUCCUGAGAAAGAAGAUGCUGCGGUUCUCGACAAUGGGGAGAAUCAAGGGGCGGCCAAGUCGAGAAAAAAGCCGGAGAAGAAGUCGAAGAUCAAAUACGUUCCGAAACAGCAGCGGCGAUCGGCGGCGAUGGAAUGAAUGAAGAAACAAGGAGGAGGAGGUAAGAAGUAGUAGUGAUAAUAUGAUGAUGAUUAAUGAUUCUUUUUGGCUAUGGCCAUUGUUGAUCUUGAUCUUGCUUCAGAGGUUCCAGUUUUACCCGGUGGUCUUCUCUCCCUAUAAUACCUAUAUCUAUAUCUAUAUAUAUUCAAAAGAAAAAAAAUGGAGUCUUGGUUUUAGGACACCCUCGUUUUGGAACGACAAAGCUUCAAUAUAUAUAUUGUGGUAGCGAUGUCGAGGAUUUGGAUUUCGUAUUGAAAUAUUUGGGAUGACUUUGGUUUUCUAAGAUUUCUUUCUUGCUUGAGUUUUGCUUGGUUUGGCUUGCCUUUUGUUAUUUAUGGUAUACAUCGUU